AUGCCAUCACUGUGCCAGCUGUGUGAUAUCCAAUUUGAAACUCCUUUGGAGUUGGAAGUUCACGAACUUUCGCUCAGUCAUCAUAUCAAGCUUGAAGCAGCUGCACCAACUAGUCACAUUUGUCCUCCUUGUAAUAUUACGUGUGCAUCGCUAGGGGAAUAUUCAAAGCACGUUGACUCCUUGGAGCAUCGGAAGAGACGUGAUCGAAUGAGAGCAAUCAUCGAUACGAUGGAUGCUGGCAUUGAACCGAAUAACGACAAUCGAGAAUCGCGGCAAGAUCACGGCUAUCCUACACGGGCACCCAAUUAUCUCGAGCCAACGUUGCCUUUCAUGCGUAAUGGCGCUAACAGGAGAACAUAUCCAGCUCCCAAUCGCGGAUCGCGGGGUCACAACCCGCAAACACAACAUCGUGAAGAGCCUCCUCAAUUUCUCUGCAGAGACCGCCCAAAUGAAUUCAGGGACGAAUUCUAUUAUUAUUCUCAGCGAAGUACGAGGAUCGAACGAGUGUUCCGAAAGGAGGCAUGGACAUACUUUAUCCUUGUCUUUCUUGGCUUUUAA